AUGUUCUCCAUUUUUGCUUCCCGAGUCGCCAAUUCCCGGCUUCAUUCUCUAACCUCAACUCACUCCUCACGUUCACAUGAACCGAUCAAAAGCACAUCCCACAGCUUUCCGCCGCCAUGCAAACAACCAUCUUCCAACCCCGCGCGACCUCCUCGCCGCAGCUGCGCCGCUGCAGCAGCAGAUAGCCAGGCGAGUGAGGCGGAAGUGACGGAGAUCAACGUGUGCGUGGGGAAGAGCUGUCGCAAGGACGGCGGGUUGCAGACGCUGGACCAUUUCCGCGGCCUGGCGCCGCCGCACGUGAAUGUUGAUUCAUGUGGAUGCCUGGGACGGUGCGGAGCAGGCCCGAAUCUGGUGCUGCUGCCGUCGCAGACGAUCAUCCGCCACUGCAGCACGGCGGCACACGCGGCGCGGCUGCUGGAGAGGCAGUGCGCGGGGGGCAGCGCGGAGACGAAUCUUGCGGCCCUGGAGCUGAAGGGCCGCGGCAAUGCAGCCUUUGAGAAGGGGCGAGCGGAUGAGGCUGAGAAGCUCUUCACUCAGGCCAUUGAGUUGUCGCCUGUUGGGGGAAUACACAACCUGCUCUGCAACAGGUCUGCUGCAAGGGUGGCAUGUGGUAACCCUAUGGGAGCGCUGGAAGACGCUGAAGCUGCGGCAGCACUCAAGCCUGGUUGGUCCUCGGCGGUGAUUCGAAGAGGAGAGGCGCUGGCAGCACUGGGGCGGGUGAGGGAGGCACUGGAGGUAUAUGAGAGGCUAGCCGACACAGAUGCUGAAUUCAGACGCUCAAAACAGUACCUCCGGAAAGUGAAGGAACUGGAGAACCAGAUGGAAACAGCAGCAUGA